AUGAUCAUUUACAAGGACGUCGUUUCCAACGAUGAGAUCGUCGCCGAUACCUUCAAACUUAAGGACAGCGAGAAAUUCCCCCUCGUCCUCUGGGAGUGUGAUUGCCGAAAGUACACGAAGCGUGUCGGUGGCGAGAACUUCGAACUCGCCGGUGCCAACCCCUCCGCUGAGGAUGCUGAGGAGGAUGAUGGUGGUGAGGGCGAGUUCAAGAUGGUUCACGAUAUCGAGGACCAGUUCCGCCUUAACUGGCUCCAGGACGAGUACAAGCCCUCCAAGUCAGACUUCGAGGUUCACCUGAAGAAAUACCUCAAGAUGCUCAGCAAGCGCGACGCUAGAAGCGACGAUUGGAAGAAACAGGCGGCCGGAGCUUUGAAGUACAUUCUGAAGAACUACGACAACUUCGAUGUCAUGAUGGGCGAAUCCAUGAACGGUGAAGCCAUGCACGUCUUGAUUGACUUCCGUGAGGAUGGUGUCACUCCCUUCGCUACUAUCUGGAAGGAUGGUCUCUUUGAAGAGAAGGUCUAA